AUGAAAUUUCUUCAUAUUACUUUUGCAUUAGUUGCAACCUUUAUAGGCUCAUCCUUAGCUCAGUCAGAGGGAACGACAGUAAGACCUAAUACUGUAGCUUCGACUUCAGCUUAUUCUUGUGAUCCCAAUGUCUGCAAUCUAUCCAAUGGAUGCUUAUGUGCCUCUAAAAACCCACCUAAUGGUAUGGAUCCUAAAGAUACACCUCAAUUUGUUACAGUUACCUUUGAUGAUUCUAUUCAACCUCAGCUUUAUAAAACGGCUAAGCGAAUGCUAAAUGUCACAAAUCCUAAUGGUUGUUCUGGACGUGGUACUUGGUUCGUUUCAAUGCAGUAUACUGACUUUUCAUUAGCACAACAAUGGUAUUCUACUGGCAAUGAAAUAGCAGAUCAUACAUUCUCUCAUGUUGGAGUUCCCUCUGACAAGGAAAUCCUGAGUUGUAAAGAAAUGCUAAAUGCAUAUGCGGGUAUUCCUAAUGGAAAAAUUCAGGGCUUCCGUGCUCCUUUCCUCAACUAUAGUAGAGAGACAUUAUCCCAUCUUUCAAAGCUUGGGUUCACAUAUGAUUCAAGUUCAAGUGCAUUAGAGGGUGAUGCCUAUUGGCCAUACACCUUAGACUAUGGAAUGGCAAAUGAUUGUUGGUCAGGUAUCUGUAAUGAACUCUCGAGAAUCCCAGGACUUUGGGAAAUCCCCAUGCAUUCCGUCAUGGAUAAUACAAGUACACCUCAAUUAAUGGAUGUCUAUAUUGCUGGCACACCAGAAGAUACAAUGCAAUGGAGUAUGAAUGCAUUUAAUAGACGUUAUCAAGGUGGAAGACAGCCCUUUGGCAUUUACGUACAUCCUACUCACUUAACGGGUUAUCCUGGCUUACCUGAUCCUGCACCUAAACUCGAUGCUUUAGUUUCUUUCAUCAAAUCCUUGUCUGAAAAACCGGAUGUUUGGUUUGUCACAAACUCACAGUUAUUACAAUGGAUGAGAAAUCCUGUAAAGUCAUCUGAAUUAAGUAAACAAGACUAUAUGCGUUGUGAACAACCCGUGAUAACCAAUGAAAUCUGUAAUGGUCUUGAUGAUGAUAAUAACGGCAAUCCUGACGAUCAUCUUUUGAACAGUUGUAAUUUCGGUACAACCACUUUUAAUACUUGUUUCAAUUGUCCAAAUACAACACCUACUCUUGAUUCUCCUCGACCCGCUUCUGUUGCGCAAAAUGGUACUACUGGCUUUAGAUAUCCUCUUCCCAAUAAUUGCGAUACGAAAUGGUGGGAUCCUAUUGGUAAUGCUUGUUUAUGCACCUCUACUGAAUGCCAAUAUAAAGAUACAGCUGUUCCUGUUGUAAAUCGAACGACAGGUGGAAAUGCUGUUUCAAAUAAUGGAUCAAGCUCUUCAAGUGAUACUGUUAGUCAAUUGAAAUCAUUCGAUAGAAAAAAGUGUAUUACUUUGCUUGCACUUACUAUGUUAUCAAUGGUGCUUUUAUGA